AUGGUGGGGAGCAUUGAUGGCCUGAUCCUGCAGAUGCAUACUGCUUUCCACCCAGAAAAGUCCCGUUGGCUGUACUGGACGAAGGUCUGGGAUGAGGGCCUGCGCGAGGGCUGGCGACUCUUGUCUUCAUCGAGCCAGUCUGCCAGCUUCAGUAUCUUCCUCUGGACACUGGCUGACUACGGGUGCCAAGGGAAGGGUCUGGAGUUGUCUCACUGUGUAGGGGCCAACUCGCUGUGCCCUGCUGUGCCUUGGAGGUCCGGGGGGCCCUGCAAGAUGAAGAGGGUCCGCACCGUCUUCAAACCAGAGCAGCUGGAGCGGCUGGAGCAAGAGUUCCUCAAGCAGCAGUACAUGGUGGGCACGGAGCGAGUAGACCUGGCUGCAACUCUGCAUCUCACAGAGACUCAGGUGAAAGUCUGGUUCCAGAACCGGAGGAUCAAAUGGAGGAAGCAGAGCAUGGAGCAGAAGGCGGCAAAGCUGUCACAGUUUAGGGUGAUACAGCCUGCCACCGUGGACUCGACGGACAUCAAGGACCACGAGGAGGACACUGUGGACGUUGAGCUUUGA